AUGGCGAAGAGCAUGUGCACCGUUUUUCUUUUCGUGAUAAUUCUGUUGAUCUCCACAGAUGAUGUAAAAUCAAAGAUACCGAAAGGAAAAGCUCACUGCGUGGGAGUACCAAACGAAUCAGCAUCAAGGUCCUGCGGUGUCCCAGGGACUGUACAACAUAAUGGUUGCAGCACUACGUGUGUCACUCUAGGAUUUAUCAGAGGCGCAUGUGACGGCAAUAUUUGCAAAUGUUACGAUUGCCAAGCUUGA